GUCGUUUUUGGAGGAAGGUGGGGGGUGUGGUGCAACGGGAACAAGAGCAAGUUGCAUUGAUCAGAAGUUCACAUCGUCUCGGACAAAGAUGCAGCCGAACGUACCGUCUGUGCUCCGCAGAUAAGCUGUGAGUUUAACCGAGGACAGAGGAGCGGGUUGAAGGGGAAGCUGUUCGCGCGCGCCGCACAUCCAGCGAUGCUGUUCCAAUCCUGCGCGCUGCAGCCGCAGCUGCUGCUGCUGCUGGCUGCGCUCUGUUCCACUUUACAUGUCACACAGGCUGAGGGUUGUGGAGCUUCAUGUGGAAAAUGUGACUGCAGUGGGGUGAAGGGAGCAAAGGGUGAGCGUGGAUUUCCUGGUCUACAGGGUAAUAUGGGAUUCCCAGGAAUGCAGGGGCAUGAGGGGCCUCCAGGGCCAAUGGGCCCCAAGGGUGAUCUAGGAGCACCUGGUGCUCCGGGAUUAAAAGGAGUGCGCGGUCCUCCUGGGCAACCAGGGUUUCCAGGAAAUCCAGGACUACCAGGGCUCAACGGAAAUGACGGUCCCCCAGGUCCGCCUGGAAUCCCAGGAUGCAAUGGGACCAAAGGUGAAAGAGGAAUGGACGGUCUGAAUGGUUUUCCUGGACUUCAAGGGCCGCCCGGCCUACCAGGACUGCAAGGAAUGAAAGGAGACCCUGGUGGUGUAAUUGGGUUUGUCCCUUUUAAAGGAGACAGAGGGUUACCUGGCACACCUGGAAUACCUGGAACUGUUGGACAAGUUGGACCAACUGGACCCCCCGGACCCCGAGGAUAUCCAGGACUCAAAGGUGAUCCUGGACCGCCCGGCCCUCCAGGAGAGAAAGGUGACAGAUUGGCCUUUGUGAGUGAAAAAGGACAGAAGGGUGAAAAAGGACUCAUAGGCCCACCUGGUCCACCUGGAAGAUAUGAAGAAGUGAAAGCAAACACCACAUGGCAUAUAAAAGGAGACAAGGGCGACAAAGGAGAGAAAGGCCUCUGUCUCCCUUAUCAGAAAGGAUUCAAAGGCGAACCUGGCCCACCUGGAGCAGAGGGUAAACCUGGUAAAGAUGGAAAGGUUGGCACAAAGGGAGAAAAAGGCAACCAAGGGCUUCCCGGAUAUCCUGGUUCAACUGGUGUAAAGGGAGAUAGAGGACCACCGGGUUAUGGUGAAGGUCCACGUGGCCCCCCUGGGCCUCCUGGUCCUCCAGGGGGACACGGAGCAAAAGGUGACCGUGGUUUUCCAGGUCAAACAGGUCCACCAGGCCGUUUCAUAGAGGGUCCUCCUGGCGAGCCUGGUCAGAAGGGUGAAACGGGAGAAAAGGGUGACAGAGGCUUCGAUGGACAAUCUCUUCCAGGACCACCAGGACGACCGGGGGAAAUCGGAGCCCCUGGGCCACCGGGUCCACCACUUAACCCUGAAGAGUGUAAUAUGGAGAAAGGAGACCGUGGUCCAGCUGGACCUCCAGGAUUAUCGGGGGAAGAUGGGCAAAAAGGUGAGAAAGGAGAUGCCUGUGUUACUUGUGAAGGCAGCGGCACACCUGGAUUACCUGGCCCAGCAGGGGUUAAAGGAGAGCGAGGUCCCCCAGGUCCAGUUGGGGGUAAAGGAGAGAAGGGUCGUUCUGGGCCACCUGGAGAACCUGGAAUUCCUGGUCCUGCAGGAACUCCUGGAUUGAUGGGGGCCCCUGGUGCUGUAGGUGAACCUGGAGACAUUUUUAUAGCGCCCGGGUAUAAGGGGGAGAAAGGUCUUCCUGGAUUUCCUGGAUCACAGGGACAACCAGGCAAAGAUGGACUGCCGGGGAGAGAUGGAUUUCCAGGUCAACCAGGUCUCAAAGGAGAACCUGCCAAAGAGGGUAUAAAAGGAGAACGUGGACCAGAGGGGGAACCUGGUCUGGAUGGUCCUCCUGGAGAAAGGGGCCCCCCUGGGAUUCCAGGGUUUGGCCGACCAGGUGAACCUGGAGAGAAAGGCAGUCAGGGAACACCAGGCCGUCCAGGAGUUCCAGGACAACCUGGCAUAAAGGGAGAACCCGGUAAAGGUGUUAGCACUCCAGGACCCCUGGGGCCACCUGGACCACAAGGAUUUAAUGGAAUACCAGGACUGCAAGGUGAAAUAGGACUGCCAGGUGACCAAGGUCUACCAGGUUUUCCUGGACAAAAGGGUGAACUUGGACCACCUGGAAUUGGAUUUCCUGGCCCACCGGGUCCUAAAGGACUCAGUGGAAUUCCUGGAACUAAAGGAUCACCUGGAGUGCCAGGUAGACCAGGACAGGAUGGCCUGACUGGAAAACCUGGUCUACCAGGACAAAAAGGUGAACCUGGACGGGGUCUUCCUGGACCAAAAGGUUCACAGGGCAACCCAGGAGUCACUGGUUUCCCAGGAGACAAGGGUGGCGUGGGUUUCCCAGGUAUUCCGGGGCCAGAAGGAAAGACAGGACCCCCAGGACCUCAGGGUGUUAAAGGUGAAGUUGGACCUCCAGGACCACCUGGUCAGAUUGGCCAACCAGGGGCUCCAGGGAAAGGCUUACCUGGACCACAAGGACCCCAGGGACCACGUGGAGAACCAGGACCCCAUGGUAGAGAAGGUAUAAAAGGAGCAAAGGGCUACCCUGGCCCUCCAGGUCUGGAUAUGCCGGGGCCUCAAGGAGACAAAGGAAGCCCUGGCCUCCAAGGAAUCCCAGGGGUCAAAGGAGUGCCAGGUUUACCAGGUGUGCCAGGCAGAGAUGGGUUGAUUGGGUACCAAGGUCCCAAAGGUGAAAUGGGGGUUAUGGGAAUUCCAGGAACACCAGGUUUUCCUGGACCAGCAGGUCAACCUGGAUCACCUGGUCUGAGAGGUGAUCCUGGUCUUACUGGACCAAGAGGAGAGGAGGGAAAAGAAGGAGAGAAAGGUGAGAGGGGAGAUCAAGGUCCUAUGGGACCUCCAGGAAAACUGACUGAUUAUGAUAUGGAGCACAUGAAAGGCGAAAAGGGAGACACUGGUGACCCAGGUCAACCUGGUGUUGCUGGAGUCAAGGGUAUCCCUGGCAUUCAAGGAGACCCCGGAAUGGCCGGUAAAGAUGGUGAACCUGGAUCACCUGGCCAGCCAGGUGAGAAGGGAGACCCUGGUUUUCCUGGAGAUCCUGGUACCAUGGGACCCCCUGGGCCAAAAGGCGGCAUUGGAGACAUGGGCAUACCAGGUCCGAUUGGUCCAAAGGGUUCUAAAGGAGAUAUUGGUACACCGGGUCAUCCUGGGUUCAAAGGGACAGAUGGUGAAAAGGGGGACCCGGGAAUACCUGGUGAACCAGGUAUUGGUGUUCCUGGAUAUCCAGGAGACAAGGGUCAGACAGGUCAGCCAGGAUUUCCAGGGCCCCGUGGAGACAAAGGGGAGAAGGGUCAGGAAGGAAUGCCUGGAAAACCUGGACACCAAGGACCAAAGGGAGACAAAGGAAGCACUGGGUAUCCAGGUCAAGCAGGCAGGCCAGGAGAGAAGGGUAAUCCCGGACUUCCUGGAUCUGCUGGAGAGCCUGGUCGUGAUGGCCGUCCAGGGGAAGGAGGCCUCCAAGGACCUCCCGGUCCUCGGGGAGAGAAGGGUGAACCUGGAAAUGAUGGCAUUCCUGGAUCCACUGGGGAGAGAGGAGACCCAGGUUUACCAGGUCAAGGUUUUCCCGGACCACCUGGAGCUCACGGUGGAAAAGGUGAAAAGGGGGAUCCAGGUCUGCCUGGCAUGCCUGGUCAGUCUGGUAUUCCUGGUAUAAAAGGCGAGAAGGGAUUCCCUGGCCCUCAGGGACCACAGGGAGAGCCAGGAGAACGUGGUCUUCCUGGCCUUUCCCUGGAGGGACCCAAGGGAGAGCAGGGAGAGAGAGGACCAUCUGGAGAAGCGGGAACCCCAGGAGAACCAGGUCCUCAUGGAAUUCCAGGAAGAGAAGGCCAAAAGGGAGAGAAGGGUGAUGCUGGUCAGCCUGGUUUCCAGGGGGAGUCUGGACAAAAGGGUGACUCUGGAAUACCUGGACUUCCUGGUCCGACUGGCCUCCCUGGUAUCGAUGGAGUGAAGGGAGAGCGAGGAGUGCAGGGGGUUCCUGGCUUCCCAGGUGAUAGAGGUUCACCUGGCGACCCUGGAUUCAAAGGAGAACUUGGUGACAGAGGAUUCCCUGGAGAAAAGGGUACUGAAGGCCCCCCUGGUCCCCCUGGCCCUCGAAUAAUGAUCAAAGGAGAUAUUGGAUUCCCAGGUGAUCAGGGUUUACCUGGUCCUCAGGGACCACCAGGGCUUCCUGGACAGAAGGGACAGCAAGGUGUGACGGGUAUCCAGGGCCUGAAAGGAGAAACAGGUAUUAAUGGAUUUGAUGGUCAGCCAGGAGCUAAAGGAGAACCUGGUAUGCCAGGACCACAAGGACCCAGAGGAUUUCCAGGUCCCCCAGGACCUGAUGGUGUUCAAGGUCAAGUAGGUCCUCCUGGCCCAUCUUCCAUGGAGCAUGGUUUCUUGGUAACACGUCACAGCCAAAGUAUUGAGGUUCCUCUGUGUCCUGGGGGUACCAGGUUAAUCUAUGAUGGAUACUCCUUGCUCUAUGUGCAAGGCAAUGAGCGUUCCCAUGGACAAGACUUAGGUACAGCAGGCAGUUGUCUCCGAAAGUUCAGCCCCAUGCCAUUCUUAUUCUGCAACAUCAACAACGUGUGCAACUUUGCAUCUCGUAAUGAUUACUCCUACUGGCUAACCUCACCGGAGCCGAUGCCAAUGAGCAUGGCACCAAUCACUGGGGACGGCAUUAAACCCUUCAUCAGCAGGUGUGCUGUAUGUGAAGCUCCGGCUAUGGUGAUAGCAGUCCACAGCCAGACAAUCAGGAUCCCACCAUGCCCUGAAGGCUGGAGCUCUCUUUGGAUUGGCUACUCCUUUGUCAUGCACACCAGUGCGGGUGCCGAGGGUUCAGGUCAGGCUUUGGCCUCUCCUGGUUCCUGUCUGGAGGAGUUCCGCAGUGCUCCAUUUAUUGAAUGUCACGGUCGAGGAACCUGCAACUACUAUGCCAACUCCUACAGCUUCUGGCUCGCUACCAUUGAGACAGAGGAUAUGUUUAGGAAACCUGAGCCAACGACACUCAAAGCAGGCAGCCUCCGGACACACAUAAGCCGCUGUCAAGUCUGCAUGAAGAGGACAUUCACUUAACACCAAAGGCUUUUCUCCAUUUUAAGACAUAAACAGAAAAAA